CUUUAAUUUUAUUAUCAUUGAAGAUUGUUAUACUUAUAAGUAGUUCCUGAAACAUUAUUCUCAUGAUUAAAUAUAGGUACCUACAACUGUUUACACGUUACAUACCUUUAUCUUUGUUUACUGUCUAAAUAUUGUACAGUUAUAUUGAUACACGUGAUUUCAUUUACUUAGUAGGUCUCGAACCGAUCCUGAAAGAAUCUACAUUUAAAGUAACCUAUGCUACUUAUUCCCUGAAAAUCAUACAGCAGUCUGAUAAAAUUAAUAGCAAAUACAAACUAAGAUGUCAAGACUUGGUGCCUUACAUUUAACCCAAUCUACGGGGCAGAAACACACAGGAACAGUUAUCUUUUUCCAUGGUUCAGGAUCGUCUGGUGCUGAUAUAAAAGAAUGGGUGAGACUUAUGGUGGCGAAUUUUUCAUUUCCACAAAUCAAAGUAUUGUAUCCAACUGCACCACUACAGCCAUACAGCCCUGUGGGUGGACAAAUGAGUAAAGUUUGGUUUGAUCGAGCUUGUAUAAGUCCUAAUGUGCCUGAAAAGUUAGAAUCUAUAACACAAAUAGAAGCAGAAGUAAAAAAUCUCAUAAAAAAAGAAAAUGAUGCUGGAAUUCCUAGUAACAGAAUUAUAAUUGGUGGUUUUUCAAUGGGUGGUGCACUCGCUUUACAUACUGCUUAUAGAUGGGAUCGUAACUUAGCUGCAACAUUUGCAUUUAGCUCAUUUUUAAAUGAUAAUUCAGUUGUGUAUGAUGAAGUCAAACAGGUGAAAGGAACGAAAUUGCCACCUUUACUUCAAAUUCAUGGUGAUAAUGAUGAUUUGGUAGAUUUAUCAUGGGCAAAGGAGACAUUUAAUUUACUCAAGGAACAUGGUGUGCAAGGAGAGUUCCAUAUAAUGGAGAGAUUGGGACACUCGUUGAACAAACGAGGAGUCAGGCUCAUCAAGGAUUGGAUUGAGAAAAAUUUGCCAGAAAUAUGAAUAGUUAUGCUAAGGUGCCAAAUCACAUCAACGAACAUAUAACACUCAGAGAGGUGGUUAAGAUACCAAACUACAAUAGUUACUUAGUUUAUAUGUAAUAUAUGUAUCAUACCUAUAUAAUGUAUAUUAUGUUAUGUAAAGUUAUAUCUCAGUUCCUAGUAUAGGUAAAUCAGUUGUUGUAUGUAGAUUAUUUUAUAUUUAGCCAUUACAUUAAAGACACCUACUUAAAUGUG